GAUACCCGGCAGCGCCCAUAAAUAUUUUUCCACAGUCCCCUGUUAUCCUCCUGGCUGGCGCCUAACUGAUCUUCCAAACCCAAACAAAAGCUUGUACCUCGAUAUAAAUCUUACUCUACUUCACUUUAACCCUAAGCUCAUCUUUUCCGUUCAGCUAAUAGCAAAUCGAUUUCCAAAGAAGAAGAAAGCUAGUUUAGGCAAAGUUCAACUCAUUUUGAAAUCAUGGCAAGGAAAAUGCUUAUCGAUGGAGAGCUGAAUCACUCCAAUGAAGAGGAGACCAACUAUGAUUUUGACUUGUUCGUCAUUGGAGCUGGAAGCGGUGGUGUUCGUGCUUCUAGGUUUUCGGCUAAUUAUGGGGCCAAAAAGGUUGGGAUUUGUGAGCUGCCUUAUCACCCAAUCAGCUCAGACACAGCUGGAGGAGUUGGUGGAACGUGUGUCCUCCGCGGCUGUGUUCCCAAGAAGAUUUUAGUGUAUGGAGCCACUUUUGGAGGUGAUAUUGAGGAUGCCAGGAAUUUUGGAUGGGAAAUAAAUGAAAACGUGAACUUCAACUGGAAAAAACUUUUGCACAAGAAGACUGAUGAAAUAAUGAGGUUAAAUGGAAUUUACAAGCGGUUACUAUCUAAUGCGGGAGUUAAACUAUUUGAAGGAGGGGGAAAGGUUGUUGGUCCAAAUGAAGUUGAGGUGACACAACUAGAUGGUACUAAAUUGAGCUACUCAGCAAAGCACAUAUUGAUUGCAACUGGAAGUAGAGCUCAACGUCCUAAUAUUCCUGGCCAGGAGCUGGCUAUAACCUCUGAUGAGGCAUUGAGUCUAGAAGAGAUGCCCAAGCGUGCUGUUGUUCUUGGUGGAGGGUACAUUGCUGUUGAGUUUGCUUCAAUAUGGCGCGGCAUGGGUGCUACUGUGGACUUAGUUUUCAGAAAGGAACUUCCGUUAAGAGGUUUUGAUGAUGAGAUGAGAGCAGUGGUUGCAAGAAAUCUGGAAGGCAGGGGAAUAAAUUUGCACCCUAGGACGACUUUGACACAGUUGACCAAAACUGAGAAUGGCAUAAUAGCUUUAACUGAUCAUGGAGAAGAAUUAUUGGCAGAUGUUGUACUCUUUGCUACUGGUCGGGCACCCAACUCAAAGAGGUUAAAUUUGGAAGCUGUUGGCGUGGAGCUUGAUAGUGCGGGAGCUAUUAAGGUUGAUGAGUACUCAUGCACCAAUGUACCUAGCAUAUAUGCUAUUGGUGAUGUCACAAACCGAAUGAAUCUUACCCCUGUGGCCUUAAUGGAAGGAACAUGCUUUGCAAAAACUGUUUUUGGUGGGCAACCUAGCAAACCAGACUAUAAGGAUAUACCAUGCGCCGUUUUUAGUAUACCACCUCUUUCUGUGGUAGGCCUCAGUGAAGAGCAGGCAAUAGAACAGGCAAAAGAUGAUAUAUUGGUGUUCACUUCAAGCUUCAAUCCCAUGAAGAAUACUAUCUCUGGACGGCAAGAGAAGACAGUGAUGAAGCUUGUCGUUGAUGCUGCGACUGAUAAAGUACUUGGAGCCUCCAUGUGUGGGCCAGAUGCUCCUGAAGUUAUACAGGGAAUUGCAGUUGCAAUAAAAUCUGGAGCUACAAAGGCUCAGUUUGACAGCACGGUCGGAAUACACCCUUCUGCUGCCGAGGAAUUUGUGACCAUGCGGUCAUUGUCGAGGCGUGUUACUGCCGGUAACAAGCCAAAGACGAAUCUAUAAAAUGUAGGCAAGUAAAAAAAGUUCCAAGUAUGAUUACACUAAGUGAUGCGACAUUCCGGUGUUCAUAUUCCAUAUUUACUAAGGACCAGGCAGAAUAUGAGAAUACUCCUUUCAGUGAUUUUUGCUCUAAUAAAAGCAUGCUUGUUUUUUUAAAUAUUACAUCAGCAGUAGUUUCAGGUUGAAACAAUGUAAAUUUAUUUGUUAGGUGAUAUUCAGCUGUGUUAUCUCCUGUGAGUAUGAACAGAAUACAUUUCAUUUGUGGUGGUGGAAGAGUAGUCCUAAAACGAUUCGCUGGCUCACAAAAUUAUAAACUUUAUUUAAUUAUAUUUUGUAUUGCAUAAUUUAAUUAAUAUAUUAUUUAAAUAAUUUAAGUC